AUGGCGGCUGUAUGGUUACUCCAGGCUCUCUACACGUCCAUGUUGAGCAGUAGCGGUAUUCUCGGGGGAGGACAAGGAGGACACGGGAGUACUGAUGACGUCUACCUCAUGGCCAACACCAGCUACGGGACUGUCAGGGGGAAGGUGGAAUUUAGGACAGAAAACACGCCAGUGGUUCACUUUUUAGGCAUCCAGUACGCCAAACCACCAACAGCGUCUCUGCGAUUCAAGCCCCCGCAGCCCCCUAAAAAGUGGACUGAUGUGAAAGACGCCCUAACUUUUGGUGACGAAUGUCUUCAGGUAGAUAUUGAAAAUUACCCGUUUGGAAAUGGGUACACUCCGUCAAGUGAAGACUGUUUAUACCUCAACGUUUUCACCCCAGUGACGAAAACCACAUCUUCUCCUCUACCGGUGAUGGUUUGGAUUCACGGUGGUGGUUAUAUGGUGGGCGCUGCGUCUCACUAUGACGUCAGCCCUUUAACGACUCAGGGUGUCAUCGUGGUCUCCGUGAAUUAUCGACUAGAUGUGCUAGGGUUUUUAUCAACCGAAGACGACGCAAUGCCGGGGAACUAUGGGAUGUUGGAUCUGAUAGCAGGACUCAAAUGGGUUAAGGGUAACAUUGCGGCAUUUGGUGGUGACCCUAAUCAGGUGACCGUUUUCGGGGAAAGCGCUGGGUCCUCUAGCAUUUCUCUUUUAAUACUAUCUCCCUUGGCAAAGGGUCUGUUCCAGAGAGCCAUCAUGCAGAGUGGGGUGUCUUUAAGUCCAUGGGCGGCUGAGCACCCUGCGAAUAAAGUCUCUGCUCGCAUGGUAGCUCGCCUGAUUGGCACCGGAGUCGGAUGCAGCGAUUUAAACAAUUCCACAGAUUUACUCUUUUGUCUUCAACAAGCUGAUGGCAAAAUGUUGCUUAAUAUUUCGGCCGGUAUAGGAAAAGCGUCUGGUUCGUGGAUCACAGUUGCCCCCAGAGUAGAGCGCACCUUUGGCUUUUUGCCUGACUUACCAAUCAGGCUUUUAGCUCGCGGAGAAUUCAACCAUCUGGAAACAAUAAAUGGAUUUAACUUUGAUGAAUAUGGAAGUCUUGUUCCUCUGUUCAAGAGCUUAUCUUUACCUGAUUCUAUUCGUUAUCUUCUUGUACAAUUUCCGAAUCUUACAGAGAAGCAACUCUCCGAAGUUCUGGAAUCAACUUACACCACAAACAGACACGAUGAGCAUACGCGUACAGCAGAACUUGUGGGCAUGGCGAGUGAUUUCACUUUUAUUGGGCCUACCAUCCUUGAACUCAAGAACUUAGCCAUGCAUGCAGCAGAAAAGAGACACUACCUGUACGAGUUCAGCCACAGACCAAGCUUCAGUAAGAUGGCGCCGUGGGUGUCUGCUGUACACGGUGAUGAGAUCCGCUUCGUCUUAGAUAUUCAGCACAAACCGUUCUACGACAAAGACUUUGUCCCUUCUGCGGCCGACAUUGCGGUCUCUAAACAAGUGGUAGAAAUGUGGACCAACUUUGCCAAGACCGGCAACCCAACUCACACUGUGCCUAUGGGGGCAGCAGCCUGGGGCACAUAUAGUCCGUCCCCCCCGGGAUAUCUUCAGAUUAAUGUAACAUCCGAAUUUAAGGUUUGGCACCGGCCAGAAGUUGCAGAUUUUUACAAGAAGAUUAUCCAGAAGAUUGACAUUGGAGAGAACUUUGUGGUUUAG